CUAAGUGCGUCACCAGGGAGGCGGUCGCCCUGUAAAUGGCGGCACCGGAAGCGCGGGAGUCUGACAAUACAGCCAAUGCGAUGCCGAGCAGGAAGCCUCAAGGAAAAGGAAAGGCUGCUAAAGCCUUGAAGUCUCUACAGUUUGCAAAUCCAGGACGGCAAACUGAAUUUACUCCUGAAACAAGCAAAAGAGAAACACGGCGUCUUCAGUCAAAGAGCUCAGCAGGUGGCUCCGAUAGGCAGAUCUUGCCGUCAAAGAAUAAAAUCUAUGACCAGGCUGGAGUUCUUAUCUCCAGUGGAAUGGACCUCUGUGAUUGUUUGGACGAGGAAUGCCUGGGAUGCUUCUAUGCAUGCAAAAAGUGUGGCUCUAACAAGUGCGGCAUAGAAUGCAGAUGCGACCGCAAAUGGCUCUAUGAACAAAUUGAGGUUGAAGGAGGGUCAGUAAUCCGAAACAGACAUCUAAGUUGAGGUGUUGAUUAAUAGAAAGGAAGCAUGUGUGCCAGAGGCCAUUAGUCAUUAUUCAAUGCUGCCACAGUCAACGUUUCAAGACUUUGUUUGAACAGAAGUGACCUCAAGAAUGCUGAAGCCAAUUCAACGUAGCAAAUCCGUUAACUUUGUGUUACCUGGUUUUGGAGUUUUUUUGGUUGUUGUGUUUUUUUUGUUUUUUAAUCCCCCUCCUUCCCUCAGAUGUAUGUACCCAAGUUUACAGGGGGGUCUGUCUGUUUUUAUUGAAUUUUUUGGCCCCACUUAUGUUUUUUAUAUUUUUUUUGAUUGUUCAUGGGAAGUAAGUUAACAUAAUAUUGUGGAGACUAUGUUAGAUUUCCACGUUAUGGAUGCAUAAAAUAUAAACUGCAUUUUUUCCCUGUACAUAUACCUGGGUUAGACAUCGGGUAGCUGUUCACUGUUACAGAUAUCAAUCUCUGACAAAGCUACCAAAGUGUUGAUGACCGUUAUUGCAGUAGUUUUACAGCAGUUGGACAGCUACCCUAAUUUACAAACGCAUAUUUAAAUUUGACCGCUAAAUUAAACAAACCCCGACAGUAAAGUUUAUAAUGGAACAGAAAGUAUUUGAAAACACUCAGUGGAUAUCAUUUGUAUCCUGUUAAAGUUCUGCUUUUCUAUACACUUUAAUAUAUGCAUUUUUAUAUUUCCAAAAGAAUUUCUCUAUCUUAUUAUGCUGUAGUGUA